AUGGUGAGCCCCGUCUACAAACCGAAUAUCGUUAAAAAGCGAAGAAAGAGGUUCAUUCGCCAUCAAUCUGACCGUUUUAUGCGUGUAGCUGUGAGUAUAUUUAUAUAUACAAUAAAAUUAAAUGUAUUUUUAUAUAUACAAGUCAAAUAGUCAUGGACCCAUGGUACACUCAGUUUAACUUAUGAUCUUCAUUGCUACAACUAGUUGCGGGUCAUAUAUAAUGUCUAGAUUGCAGAGUUGGGCUGCUUUUGACAGGAUAUUGGGGUGCAAAAGCUAUAAAACUAGAGGCAAUAGUGUAAACCCGUAAAUAUUUCUAAGGGCAUAUCCAUGCUGGUCAUAUUCAGAAAUUUUCUUCCUGUACCACAGGCUCGCAUUUUCAGCGGACUUGCAGUGAAAAACUGAAACUUUUGCCCUGAACUGGCAACUUUCUGUAAGAUCUCCACAGACAAUACGAGCCUCCACGAGUGGGAGAAAUUUUGCUAAAUUUGACCAACGUGAUCAACAGGCAAAGCACAUAAGUAACAAAAUAAAUAAGUAUUAUUGUUGAUUUCACUUUUCAACGUGCGAGUCCCAAAUUUGUUGCGAAUUUGCCAAUUACGUUUCCAAGUUGGAAAAUUGGACAAACUUUGCAACGAAGUUCUCAAGUUCAUUUCAAUGUUUAAACUUCAUUUGUAAACAAAUGUUCAUAGCUCAGUGUAAUAAUUCAAUGAAAUACAAACCUACCAAUGGAGACCAUUUGUUCUCAUUAGAAGUUCAAACGUUGACUUUGUUUCGAAGUUCAUGUUUGAUUUUUGAACUUGGAAACGUAGUUUGCAACGAACUUGGGAACCCACAUGCUGAAAAGUGACCUAAAAUUGACAAUGAAAAUUAGAAAUUUGUGGGCAGGUUAGAAUCUGAAAAUUGUUUAUACAAAGCAAUUUUAGAGGACGUCUUGGGGACACCAUUGAACAACUUUACAGUCUGGUAUAACGAACCCUUCUAUCAACUGUGUCGUGCUCGUAUCUUAUGUUAAUAUUGCAUAUUGCAUCGCUUGUUAAUUCUAUGAAUUUCAAGUGUUUGUUAAUUAUCAUAUUAUCUUAGACAUGAGAGUAUUGAUAUAAAUAGAAGGAAGAUUAACAUGCAUUAACAACAAGACAUGUUGAAGGCCACUUUCUUAAUGUCUUUUGAUUCGUGUCUUCUUGUACAAAAUGCUACAAACAUAUUUCAUUUAUUACCGUUGUGAGUAAUAUAGAUCCCAACAAGAAAUAUCCUUGGCUAUGUUUAUGGUUUUUUGACCCACCCUCGGUCACAGACAUUGUCCAAUCCAUUCAUGAAGUUGUCCGACGUAGAGAGGAAACCCCUGGGCAUUCUGUCCGACCUAACUGUAACUUUGUCCAACGUGAAUCAAAAUGGACCAGAGCUUUUAAAUGGAAAUCAUCCAGUAAUGUAUAAAAAGUGAAUUGGAAAUUUGUAAUCACUAUGGGGAUGGGAAAUUUAUUGCCAAGAUUCAAUUGACUUCCAAAUUGUGCUGAUAUUAUUUUGUUUCUUUAUUCAUACAUAUUUCCAAGCCCAACUGAACUCAAAGUCCAUCGGACAUCAUAGUAUAUUUGUCUGAGCGAAACUCGAACUCAUCAAACAUUUUGUCAGACGGUUCUCUGAUCGAUAUUUUAAGGCCUGCGAUAGUGAAACCCACUUAUGAUAUUUGAAGAAUUGAAGUCAUUUUAUGACAAAAGUUGCUUACAUUAAAACAUCUGAGUGAUUAUAAUCUCUAUAUAUGGAUACGGUUUGUGGAGUGCUAGCAAAAGUAGGAUAUAUUUGAGGGUAGGUUUCCCACUUUGCUUAUCACUUUUGCUAAUUUUAUUUCUCAGCAAAGCUGGCGUAAACCGAAAGGAAUUGACAAUUGCGUGCGCCGACGGUUCCGAGGAACACGUCUCAUGCCAAGUAUUGGUUAUGGAUCUAACAAGAAAACCAGACAUAUGAUGCCUGAUGGCUUCAAGAAAUUUGUCAUCCAUAAUAUUGCAGUGAGUAUUACUGGAUACUGGUUACUCUGUUUUUAAAACCUAGUAUAAUAAGCACCCAAAACUUUCCACUUGACAAGUAAGACCACACAAGGCUUCUUUGUAUAAUAUAGACACUAGCUUCACCAACAACGUCCUUGUGAGUACUUGGUCGUCUGGUGGGCAGAACUAUGGUAAUAUAAACUCGAACUUUGGUACUCAUAAUGUAGAAUCAACAAACGUUUUUUGUAAAGAUAAAUUCUCCAGAGCAGGGGGGGGUGCCUUAAAAAUAGCUUGCACAUGAAAUUUCAAAGUUUAAAACGCAUUUUGAGUUCAUGGGCAAGAAUGUUAUUAUGUGUUUUAUUAAUGGUCCAAAUAUCAGAAAAUUUACUCAAUUUUAAGUCCUUCAAAUAGCUCCCAAAACUUUCAUUUUUUGGCACCAAAGCCUAUUAGCCAUUCCGGAGUUGAUGAGUGGACUGGGGACAAGUGUUAAAAAGUGCCCAAAUUAAGAAAUAAGCCAAAUCACUGAAAAGACCACCUCAAAUUAGUAAGUAUACAAAGUUUGAAGACGUUUGCAUGAAUAACCCUUUGAAUAAUAAGCUUUCGAAAGUUGUGAAAUUACUGAUUAAUUAAAAGAUUGUUUUUGGGACGCGCGUCCCAAAUACAAAAAUUACAGUACAUUUCAUAGUAAAUAUCGCGAUUUUCGAAAGCUUAUUAUUUCAAGGGUAUUCAUGUAUAAAUGUCUUCAAACUUUGUAUACUUACUAAUUUUGAGGUGGUCUUUUUAGUGAUUUGGUUCAUUUCUAAAUUUGGGCACUUUUUAACACUUGUCCCCAGUCCUCUCAUCAACUUCAGAAUGGCUAAUUGCACAUGUAAGCUUAAUUCAUGCAUAUACCUAACAUGCAUACUGUUAUUGUAGAAAGUAUAAAAUAUAUUUAUCCAUUGUUGGAUUCUAGGGGGUAUCCGGCCUGUAUACACCACACAGACCUCUUAAGAAUUAGGUAAUCUUCUCUAAAAGCACCAUGUUGUCUUGACACAAUAGCAGCAUUGGUCGUUGACGGGAAGAAGAGCAAUGCAAGGCCUUCGGGUGAAGUGUUUGAGGAUUAUUCCUGUGACAUUCAACUUCAAUCAGGCUUGCUACAACUUUAUCAAGUGGCGAAUGAUGCAUACAUACUGUGUUUUCAUACAUGCAUACAACUCGAAAGAAUUGACCACUUGUGUAAUAGACUAAAUUUUGAUCUCAACAAAAAUUUCAUCACAGCUUGAAAGAGCAUCACAAAAUUAGUAAUAUUCUGAAGUUUCGUUGCGAAAUGUUGUAAAAUGCGGAUAAUAUAGCCUUGCGAAGUUUGCCAUUUUCCAGUCAUUUUAGAUUACAAACGGGAAAUUGACAGCCCAAUACCCUUUGGGGCUGUCAAUUUCCUGUUUGUAAUCUAAAAUGACUGAAAAUUGCAAACUUCACAAGGCUAUAUUUUCCGCAUUUUACAACAUUUCGCAACGAAACUUUGGAAUAUUACUAAUUUUGUGAUGCUCUUUCAAGCUGUGAUGAAAUUUUUGUCUAGACUUGUUUAGAUCAAAAUUUAGUCUAUUAUGCAAAUGGUCAAUUACAGUACAUUUUAAUAUUGUCAAGGCGUGUUUAUACUUGCAAUUUUCACUGUGAUUUCUACACCGAAUGUAAACACCAUGUGAUUUUGACUGCAACUUUGGUGCAACAACAACAGUGCGAUAUGCAGCGAUUUUACUGGCUUGAAAACUGGAUUAAAUUUUCAAUACUUCACUCAAGUUUACAAACAAUACAAAGAAUUUGUUCUAAUUAGGUUGUUUACAGCUAUUUUCUUACAAGUGGUUGGCUGUAAGACAAAAUUCCUGACUGGUUGUUGCCUGUUUCAGUGUAUUCUAUAUAAAUACAGUGUCAGGCCAAGAUUUAUAUCAUGCAAAAUGAGCCUGAAACUUAAAACUAGACCUCGACAGACCACCUUAUUGUGCUAAGACCAAUUUUCUAUUUGCUUUCAGGAACUCGAAGUUCUGUUGAUGUCCAAUCGUCGUUUUGCUGCUGAGAUUGCGCACAACGUGUCAAGCAGGAAACGUAAGCAGAUUGUUGAGCGUGCUCAGCAACUGGCUAUCAAAGUCACAAACUUUAACGCCAAGUUACGAAGCGAGGAAAACGAGUGA